GCGGUCUCGCCGCCGCCGGGGCGAUGUAGGGAAGGGCCGGGGCUGAGCGCGGUGACAGGAGCCGCCUCCCCCGGUGCUGCGGGCGAGAGACGGGGCCGAGCCGCGGGAUGAGAAAGCGGAACGAGUCCGUCACGCUGGAGCAUGAGCGCCCCGCCGGCCCGCCCGAGCCGGGCUGCAGCCUGAGGCCCAGCCUGCGCCUGGCCCGGCCCCCCGGCGAGCCGGCCAUGAAGCGCCCGCUCGGCAGGCGAUAUGGAUUGUGGUUCCGAUUACGGAAGUUGUUAAUAUGGUUGUUGGGAGUAUACAUAGCCAUUCCAUUUCUAGUAAAAAUUUGUCCUGCUAUUCAGGUGAAGCUGGUCUUCUUAAAUUUUGUGAGGGUUCCAUAUUUCAUUGACUUGAAAAGGCCACAGGAUCAAGGCUUAAACCACACCUAUAAUUAUUACCUUCAGCCAGAGGAGGAUGUAACCAUUGGAGUCUGGCACACAGUUCCAGGAGCCUUAUGGAAAGAUGCUCAAGGCAAAGGCCAGCCGUGGUAUGAGGACACUUUGGGAUCCAACUAUCCUGUAAUCCUUUACUUGCACGGAAAUGCAGGAACUAGAGGAGGGGAUCACCGGGUAGAACUUUACAAGGUUCUAAGUUCCCUUGGUUACCAUGUAGUCACAUUUGAUUAUCGAGGGUGGGGAGAUUCUGUGGGCACUCCAUCAGAGAGAGGAAUGACCUAUGAUGCACUCCAUGUUUUUGACUGGAUAAAAGCAAGAAGUGGAGACAAUCCUGUCUAUAUAUGGGGGCACUCCUUAGGCACAGGAGUUGCAACAAAUUUAGUGAGGCGUCUUUGUGAAAGAGAAACUCCUCCAGAUGCCCUAAUACUGGAAUCGCCAUUUACUAAUAUACGGGAAGAAGCAAGAAGCCAUCCGUUUUCAGUGAUAUAUAGAUACUUCCCUGGAUUUGACUGGUUCUUCCUUGACACCAUCACAAUGAGUGGAAUUAAAUUUGCAAAUGAUGAGAAUGUAAAAUACAUUUCCUGCUCGCUGCUUAUUCUUCAUGCUGAAGAUGAUCCUGUUGUACCAUUUCAUCUUGGAAAGAAGCUUUAUAACAUUGCUGCACCAUCUCGGAGUUUCCGUGACUACAAAGUACAGUUUGUUCCAUUUCACAGAGACCUCGGCUACAGGCAUAAGUACAUAUACAGGAGUCCAGAGCUACCUCGAAUACUGCGGGAAUUCCUGGGAAAAUCUGAACAUGCACAUCAUCACUGAAGACUGGCUGCGUGAUGGCAUUAAGGUUCUUCUUUUUGUUUUUUUGUUUUCUUUGGGUCAGUCUGCAGUUCUUUAGCGCCUGGCACUGGCUAAGCCAGGAAAUCCUUCGUUUGUCCUGAUGCAUAUCCUCGGAAACCCAGACUCCCACAUCAGUGUCUAAGACAGGAGGAGGAGAAAGAAAUGAAGUUAGCUGGCUUCUGUUUUAACAUGGACAGAAAAACAAACAAACCCAUGCACCAAUGCCAACCCAUUCAAAACUUGAGCACAACAAAGAGCUACCAAUGCAGCAUAAUAAUUAAAAGAACAGAGGUUCCUAGAAAACACUUAUUAGGACAAAUGGCACUUCUUUUACAUUUAAAAACAGCGUAACAUUUUGGAUCACAAAUGGACUGUGAUUUACCCACAAAACGGUGGCUGUGACCAUCUUUAAAUAUUGCAGCUGUCUUGCUUCAGUUCCAGGGUGUUUCCUUUAUAGAAAAUAUAUAUUUAGUUCAUCAUUUUCUUUCAGUGGUUGUAAUCAGGAAAGUGCUGAAGAUCAUGGGGAAUAGUGAUGUUUUAUUGAAAUCAGUUAACUUUUAAUUUGAUGUGUACUGCAAAAGUGUAAGGGUACUUGCAAGACAAACUCCUUUUGAAAUAAAAAGGAUGUUUUUAAAGACGUAAGACACAAAUAUUUAAUGCAAUGGGGAUGUUGUAACACUUUUCCAUUCUCCCCCCCCCAUGUCCUUCUUUCUGAGUAUCAUUCCUGCUCCAUACAUGCACACCUCUGGAGUGUUCCUUUCCCCCUUCCCAUCUACCUUUGGCAGGAGUACUGGUAGCUUAAGUGACUUCAACGGAUGGGAUUUUAUUUUAGGGAAAGUUUUUUUAAAUUUUUGUUUGAGCUUUCCCCCUCUCUGAAUCAUAUGGGCCUAGAAUAUGUAGGAAUUUAUUUAAACAAUAAAUGUCUUCCAUUCUUCUUUAAGCAUAAAGAGACACAAGCACUUUCUCGGGGAUGAGAGGACAGAGAUCCUUAAGAAACUUGCGUUUUUUCCUCCUCAAACACUCACGUACAUGUUUUAGCUCCAGUUGUCAGGCACAAAGGGAGAGGUGAACUUGUCAGUUCCUUAGGCAGAGCAAUUCCUGCAUAGCUAAAA